AUGAUAUCUAUUUUUAUCACAUUAUUGACUAUAUUAAUAGUCCUUGUUGUUAGUUUAAUAUUACAGCGAAGAGAUGAUAUUCGCCAGUAUCUUGAAAUAUGUAAGGCGCUCAAGCAAUUCCCUAGUCCUCCCAAGCAUUGGUUUUUCGGCCAUUUAAAAGAGUUAACUCAACCUAACGAGCAAUGUGUUCAAAUGCUUGAAAAGCGAUCUACCGAGUAUAAGACUUGUUUCGUUCACUGGUAUGGCCUCUAUCCCUUUCUAUUCUGUAAUAACGCUGAUGCAGCUCGAAGUAUUAUUAAAUCAUCCGCGCCAAAAGGAGAUUGGAGUUAUGCUUGGCUUAAAACAUGGCUAGGUGAUGGAUUAAUCGGCGUCAAUGGUAAUAAAUGGGGUAGGAAUAGAAGAUUAUUAACCAAUGCGUUCCAUUUCGAUAUAUUAAAGUCAUAUGUUUCCAUACAUAAUCGCUGUACCGAUGUUCUUAUACAGAAAUGGAAUAAGCAUGCCGACAAUCAUGCUAGUUUCAAUUUGUACGAAGAUAUGAAAUUAUUAGCCUUCGAUGUUAUCUUGCAAAGUGCUUUUUCACUUAAAAUCGAUUGUCAAACAGCUCAUGAAAGACAUCCGUAUGUCAAUGCUGUUUAUCAAUUAAGUUAUCUAAUUACAGAAAGAUUAUUUCGGAUCACAGGUUACGUCGAUUGGUUAUAUCGAUUAACGGAAAGUGGUAGACGAUAUUAUCGACUUUGUAAAUUCGUCCAUCAAUUUACAGAGAAAAUUAUUCGUGAAAAAAGGCAACUCUUGAAAGAAAAUACAAAUCAGUAUGACAGUAAUCAAAAGCGCCGUUUGGAUUUUAUUGAUAUUAUUUUACAAACACGUGAUGAGGAUGGUAAUUGCUUAAGUGACAAAGAAAUCAAUGAUGAAAUUAAUACAUUUAUGUUUGCUGGCCAUGAUACGACCUCGAGUGCGUUAUCGUGGACGCUAUAUUGCUUAGCAAAGAAUCCCGAGCAUCAAGCUAAAGUUAGAGAAGAGGCCGAUGCUAUAUUAAAUCAUAAAGAUGAUUUAGAGUGGGACGACUUAAAUAAUAAAUUAGCCUAUACGUUAAUGUGUAUUAAAGAAGCCAUGCGUUUAUAUGCUGUUGUACCGAAUAUUGAAAGGAAAUUAGACGAUUACGUUGAAAUAAACGGUAAAGUAUUACCACCUGGUACACAUAUCGUUAUACAACUGUAUAUUCUCGCUCGCAGGUCAGAAAUUUGGCCUGAACCAGACCGUUUUAAUCCGUUACGUUUCUCAGAAGAGAAUAUCCAAAAACGAGAUGCAUAUGAUUAUAUCCCGUUUUCUGCAGGUCCACGUAAUUGUAUUGGAAAGAAUUUUGCGUUAGAAGAACUUAAAAUUGUUUUAGCCAAGAUUAUAUACAAUUACGAAAUAGAGUUAGAUCCAGCUCGACAAGUAACUCGAUAUUAUUCAGUCAUAAGCCAACCAACAGACGGUAUAUGGAUCAAGAUUAAGCGUCGCUAG